AUGGCGCGCAAAAGCAAGAGCGGCCGGAGUGGUACCAGCGACACUCGAUCAAACGCCUCUGGCCGAUCGCGACGGUCGUCUAGAUCCCGCACGUCGAGGGCGUCGACGUCGCGAAGACCCGUUCAGCCGAUGGAGCUUGUGAGCACCGGCGGCGGCGGCGCGGGGGGGGGCGAGGGCGGAGACCUGCCCUCUCAGAAGUGGCACUCCGCGGUCUGCUGUGCGGGGGGUAUCAAGUCUUUGUACGGUCUGUGCGUCCCUUGCGGGUUGGCGACGGCGAGGCAUCGGCUGGACGGGUCCUCGUGGUGCGUGAACGCCAUGUGCCUGAGCCCCUGUGCGGCGAGGAACAUCGUGCGCCACGGCUACGGCAUCAAGGGGCACUGCUGCGCGGAUAUUUUGUGCAGCUUGGUGUGCGCGCCGUGCGUGACGUGCCAGCUGCUGGGGGAGACGGAGAAGAGGGGGUGCGUCUACGACUCGUGGAACGACCAGUCGGCGAGGUCGCGGCGCGAGCAGCCCUGGAAGUUCGGGCUGUUCAACUGCCUGGACGACUGCACCACCUGCUCGUACGGUUUCUUCUGCCCGAUGCCUGCCGUCGGAACGAUCCGCACUCAGAUGGACGACUCGGACUGGAUCUUCAACUGCCUGUGCAUCAACCCCUUCAUCGCCAGGAGCCUCGUCCGCCAGAGCUACAACAUCGAGGGGACGGACAGCGCGGACUGCUUGCUCACGUGCUGCUGCUUCCCGUGCUCCAUCACCCAGAUGCUCAACGAGACGCAGCACCGGGGAAACGUCACCGGCUGUCCCGGCUUCAACGCGGUCGAACGUUAACUGAUGUCGGUGUCGUUGUCGAUUUUGGCGCCCUGGGCCCACUUGGGAGGGGGGGUCCGCAGACAGCACCAAGUUUCGGGUGCGGGGGGGGGGGGGGGGGGGCGAAGCAAGCGUUUUAUUCUGUCGGAGUGACCCCCGAUGUUGAUGAUGAUGAUGAUGCGGGGAGGGUUGUGGGUGCUUGAGCAAAUGCUAAAAAACUUCUGGAUCUUUCGCCCAGGCGUGUCAACGUUGACAUUUUUGCACUCCUUUGCAGGGUAUCUUUCGGUUUUUGUAGAAGGGGGGGGGGGGGGCGCAGCAGCACUACGAUAUGCCAGUACCCUGGCUCUUCCUUGUUUUUUUGAGUACUUUUUAUUCCACGCUGCUACAUUUGACUGGAGUAGUAAAGACUUGCUUUUUAUAUGGUAUAUUUCGCCCCCGCGCUUACCUUGCGCGCGCGUGUGGUGUGUAUGCUUGCUUGUGGAUUCUCCUGCUGUUAUUCUGUAGCUUGUGUCGUCUGGUGCUGUGUUUGGCACUUUAGCGGUGGGGCUGGCUCCACCUGAGGUACGCUCUUUCCGCACGCUGGACAGCAGCCGCAAGCGCGGUAUACCUUUCCGUGUCCUGUGGAUCAAAGGCGUAUCGAAAGAAGAGGUGACCGGUUAUCUGUUGUGUGUGCGUGCGGCCGGCGAGUCGGUGGUAUUUGCGGCCUGCUCUUUUAGCUGUGGGGGGCACGGGUUCGGAGCGCGCGUGAAGGAAAGAGUACGGGAAAGAUGAGGAAAGUGCAGACGCCCUGCGGCGUUGACAAAGAGCGCCCAGGGAACUGCGCUUGUCCCCGUGUAUGGUAUUCACGUUUUGAGGGUAAAUUAUGUCGGUCGAAUUGGCGAGCUGCCAAAGUGGCGUGUUGCGCUCCAAAGGUUUUUGUCGCUGCCCCUUCGGGCCUCCUGUUGAGCGACUUUCAUUUUUUUUGUUUUGCUUGUGCUUGUACCGUAGGGGCGCGGCGGUGCCAGAUAGAUUCAUUACGCGAGUUACAGUACAUGCAUGUCUUUCUUUAGUUGGAGGAGUGCCCCAUGUAUUUUCAUAAUUUUUACGGCCGCUCGCGUUAGCGGUAUCUAGUAGGUGAAGGGAAAGCAAAAAAGCGCAUGUUUCC